AAAAAAGUAUAGUUCCAGUAAUGUUGAAAUAAAUUUAUGUAAAUCUCCAUUUUGCUUUUGGUUUUGUCAAUUUUGUCGUCUGUGUUGUCAAGUUUCUAUUGAGAUAUUUUAGAGAUUUUUGCGUUUUACCGUUUGUGAAACCGAAAUUGUUCGCUAACAAAGAACUUUAUAUUAAUUUGUUUACGAAAUUGUCUACACAUUUCAUGCGAUACUGCUGUAUGACUUUACAAUAGCUUGCAUGGAUAUUCAGUAUUGACUUGACACAUAGAAUCAGCUGAGUUUUGUUUUCGUUAUUGAAGUGCGUAAAGGUGGUUGCUAGCUCCAUCAUUGUAUAUUUUAUUGUGGGGAAGUGACUCGGAUUGGUAGCAAUGAACGAAAUAAAAUCACUUGAACAUGCCACAUUAAAGGUGCCAUAUGAAGUAUUUAACAAGCGCUAUCGCAAUGCUCAGAGGGUGCUGGAUGUGGAAGCGAGGCAAGUUACAUCUUCUGUGAGUGACAUUGAUGCUGCCACAAAGAAAGGAGCUACAACUGGAGAGAUUGACUCACUGCUUGGUGGAAUGGUAGAGAAGCUCACAACAAUGAAACGCAAAGCAUCAGAAGCUAUCACAGAGGAGGUGCAAGCUGCCUGCGUUUGCAAGAAGCGGCUGGAACAUCUCAAGGAGCAGGCUGAGGCUCUUACAGAGCCGACUGCUCCACAGGCUAAGACACAGAUGAACGCUUGGCGCGGCGUCCGCCUGGACAGGAUGCUGGUGGACUACUUCCUGCGCAACGGCUACUAUGACUCGGCAACCAAGCUGGCUGAUAAACGUGAUCUUAGGGAUCUCACUAACGUAGAUAUCUAUGCGGCAGCGGCGGAGGUUGAGACUGAGUUGUCUGCGCGGCGCACGGCGCGCUGUCUGCAGUGGUGCGCCGACAACCGCUCCAAACUGCGCAAACUCAACUCCACCAUGGAGUUCAAGAUACGCAUACAGGAGUUUAUAGAGCUGGUUCGUGAGGACCGUCGCCUGGAGGCGGUGCGUUACGCGAAGAAGCAUUUCUCCACUUACGAAGAUGGCCAGCUCGACGAUAUACAGCACUGCAUGGGCAUGCUGGCAUUCCCCAAGGAUACAGAGGUUGAGCCGUACCGCUCGCUGCUGGGCGGCUGGCGCUGGGGCGCGCUGGUGGCGCAGUUCCGCUGGGAGCACGCGCGGCUGCUGCACCCCGCGCGCCUGCCCGCGCUGCCCGUGGCGCUGCAGCUGGGGCUGGCCGCGCUCAACACUCCGCAGUGCUACAGCGAGACCACGCAGGUGUCGGCGUGCCCCGCGUGCCAGCCGCCGUUGAACGCGCUGGCGCGGCUGCUGCCGCACGCGCACUGCUCGCACUCGCGCCUCGUGUGCCGCAUCUCGCGCCUGCCGCUCAACGAGCACAACCAGCCCAUGGUGCUGCCCAACGGACAGGUGUAUGGUGAAAAGGCUCUCAAGGAUAUGAUGAAGGAACACGGAUCGAUCAUAUGCCCAAAGACAAAGGAAGUGUUCUGCAUGAAGCGUGUGGAAAAAGUAUAUGUCAUGUAAGCCAUACUCAAAAUAACUAUAGUCUAUUUUAUUACUCAAUUAUGUCGACAUGUUUAUGUGUAGUACCUUCGUUUUUGGAUAUUUAUCUUUUCUUAUAAUUGUAUUAAAUAUAUCCUAGUGUGAUACGAAAACGGGUAAUAAAUGUGAAAUGUAAGAAUAAUGUCAACAUUUCUAUAUUUUAUAAUCCUUACACUAUAUUGAGUUGUUCAGUAUGGGAACCAUCUUUAUGUACAGUGUGUAGUAUCGAAGUCUCAGACUAAUUACAUAAGGGCCUACCUCGCUAGACUUUACUUUUCUGUCAAAGUAUAUGAUCAACGAUCUAAUGCGAUUAUAAAAACUGUCUCAUUAUCGUGUUCAUCGGUGAAAGAGCUCUGUAAAGAUACCUUUUUGUGUAGUUGAAUGGUGUGAAAAACGGUCAACAACUUCUAGUUUAGUGUAGGAUAUAUACCUAAUCUAAACUCAUUUUCCUCAAAAAACUACAGACAAUUUUGUUCGUAAAUUUAGGUGCAAUACUAGUCCUUAUUUAAUUAAUCUGAGAUCGAAGUAGAUAAACUUUGUUGUGUAAUCAAAAUGGCCAUACCAUAAAAAUAAAAAAGAAGAGAUAAGACUUCAUUGGCGAAAUUUUGUCAUAAUAAGCCCGAAUGAUGCAAUGUUUCUUAUAGACUCUGAAACCCCUCCAGGUCCAUCAGAACCGAUUCAUUCGUCAAACCACGGAUGCUCCGUGGAUUGUACGCAAUAACGACUAACAUAGAAACCUAGAUCUCCCUACAAUAGCCCAAUAUAUGAAACAGCUCUCGAAAACUUAUUUUGAGAGAGCCGCCACCCACCCCAACCAACUAGUGGUUGAGCCUUUCAACUAUACCCCUGAUCCCAACGCCGAUUGUAGAUCUAGACGCCCAAAAAGGCUCCUUAAGAUGACUUAACGACCGACAAUGCUUCCCAGUCAAGACAAACAAGCUACACAGGUCUUCGACGGCAAAGACGAGGUCCCCUAAAUCUGAUGUCACCCAGACAUGAGUUUAUAACCCACGAUUUUUGGGGCGUCUGGACUGAUACAUUCAGGCCAAAACACCCUUCCAGAACUCUCAGAGAGACAAGAGACUCCCUAGGAGAUUCGUUCCGGCCACAUCUGCUUCUGCCUUCGGGCCCCAAAUGCUUCUGCGCUCGUCUAAAGCCCCGGUGACACCGCUGAGGUCCUAUUAAGGAGUCUACGGCACUUACACAAUUAGAAAAAAAAUUUACCAUGCAGACGAGGGGUCAAUACAGUUUCCUUAUAGUUUCUUGUAACCUCGUGUUGUGGUUUAGUGUAACCUCAAAUGUAACCACAACACAAUCGUAACGGUCGACAUAAAUUUUUGUGUAUAUGUCCAUAUUCGUAUUAAGAUUCUUGGUGUUACUUAUUUUAUACGGUUUUAAUUGCUUCUUAUUUUGGUUGUAAAACGUUAAUCAUUAGGUAUCAAAAGUUCAGACCAAUGGUAGAACCAAAUGUUACCAUGUACGGUCCAAACAUUUUAUUUUUAUUUAGUCAGCUAUUUAGCGAUGUCCUAAUGCAUUAUUGAUUCAUUUUAUUCAAUUUUAACGAUUCUCUUAAGGUGAACUUUUAAUCGGUUUAACACUUAAUGUUUUUAGACGUUUUACACUAACUAUGGAGAAGGCUAUUUCUUUUAUAAUUUUAAAUUAACCAUAUUGAAAAAACUGAAUCUCUUUGAAAUUUUAACUCUUCCCACCUGUCACAUUAGAAAACAGAUUUUGUAGAGUUCCCACACAGGUCAUAUGCAGUAGUUAAAAAACACGUUUUGCUCACUUUAAGACAAUUAAUUUAAUUAAAAAAAUUAAUAAAAAAAAAAUAAAAGCAAGCUUUUGUAUUUGUAUGAUUUUCUUUACUUGUACUAAUAAAAGUGUUAUAAUAUGUAUGUUCCAUUCACAAACUAUGGAAGUGAAACUUCAGACAUCUUCGCCAUACCCAGUGGCGUGCACAAGGUGUUUAACUAGGUAUGCACUAUAUGUACAAUUUGGUCCUACCAAAUGGAAAAUUCUCCUCAAUCUCUUCGUAAUGACUUCUUAGGGUAGGCAGUACAUUUUUGCAUCUAUGGAAUGCAUGCCACUGACCAUACCUCGUCAAUCAUCACAAAUUGUCACAUCACAAGACGAUAGAGUGUUUGAGGUUUUUUGCAAGGGUUUGAAUAUCGGCAAAAUUUCUUAUGUCACAAAUCAAGGAAUUUGCCACAAGCGCUUGUAUUGGUUGAUGUCAUGGUUCCACCUUUACUAAAGCCAUGCCCGAUGUGCACCGUUUACCAACAAAACAAACAAAUUAGAAAUGAAGGUAAAAAAACGCAUGUCAUUUUAUAACUUAAUUAUUUUAAAUUGUGUUUUGUUAUUUAUCACAUUUUCAUCAAUUUAAGAGCACGUUAAUUAUUAUUUUUCUCUCAUUUAUUUAUUUGUCCUUUUUUUAAUUUUAUUAUUAUAUUUUAAAUACCAAACUUGUGGUUCAGUUAUAAAAUGUAUUCGUAAUAUGACUAUUGUGCUAGGAUGUAAUGUCUCAUUCCUUCGCUAGCUCUGUCUGUAGUGAUAUUUUCGUCUCAUCCAGUUCAAAUAACAAGGAUUAAAGUCGCGCUGCUCAGAAAUUGCGAUGUAACUUCGAACUGGCGUAUAAGGUUGUUGAACUGCGCUGUUCCAAGGUUAUGACAACUGUUUGUCUUUGUUGUGAUGAGUCAAAAUAACGAGACAAUCGUAAUUUCAACAUGUCCAAUUCGAUCACGACCCCUCAGAAACGCAAUCUCUGAGCAGCUGGAUGUAAAGUUUCACUUGAAUACAUAACUACGUGUCCACUUUAUUACAUUUGGGAACAUAUCAGUUAGUUAACCGUACAUUGUCAAUCUUCAUGGGAAAAUAACUACUGGAAUAACUUUUCGUAAUUAUUAUAACUGACCUGUCCAUUUUAAAAAGAAAAAAAUAAAUUUCGUAUGUAGUGGGUUUAUUUUAACUAUGCAUUUUAAGAAAAUUGUAUUGUUACAGUGUAAGUCUUUGUAUCUUAUAUGUGAUUUUUAAGGAAUAAAGUAUUACCUAUGUAACCAA